AAAUUUAGACAAUACUAAAAGUAAAAGAAAUUGUUGUCAUUAAUGGAGAUACUCGACAAAAUGUAUACACUAAUCCGCACACGUGGGUUAAAAUGUGACGGUUGCAAUCUUGGUAAAGAUUACCAUAGUGAUGGUUAUCGUUGCUUUCAUUCUGGAGUAUUCUUUCACAAAGAGUGUGCCAAUUCCGACCUAGAGAUUAACAACCUCUAUCAUCCCCAACAUUCUUUGCAUAUCAAGGUGGUUGCUGAAAAUGAAGAUGUAUAUGGAGAAUGCAAGGUUUGUAGAGGAGAUUGGAAAUGUGGAGUGUGUCAUAAAAUGAUGAUAUGGACAUUUGGGGCUUAUACUUGUUUGAAAUGUCCAAAUCUUGCUAUUCAUUUAAGAUGUGCCACAAGGUUUGGGAUUUGGGAUGGAACUGAACUUGAAGGCAUACCAGAACAUAUUUUAGAGGUUAAAUCAUAUGAGCCGACCGAAGAAGGAACUAUAACGCAUUUCAGUCACGUAGAUCAUACUUUAAAGCUCAAUGAGGAAAACAAUACAAAUGAUAAAUGCAGGUGGUGUAAAGCAUGCUUAUAUCCCAUAUUUUUUAGCUCGUUCUAUAGUUGCGUGAAAUGUGAUGAUUACAUCCUUCAUAAAAAAUGUGCUUUUCUCCCAAAGAAAAAGGUAGAUUCUUUCUACAAGAUGUCGAUUACUCUAAUCACAGUACCUAAAUGGAAUGAUGGAAUAUUUGUUUGCAAUGCUUGUCAAUACGUUUUUCAAGGUUUUCGUUAUGAAAGUGAUGAUGGUAAUAUUAUUUUGGAUGUGCGAUGUGGUUCUAUUGUAGAUUCUUCUGUUCAUGAAAGUCAUCCGCUUCAUUUGUUAUACAUAACCUACUCAACAGAAGACAAAAUUUGUAAUGGUUGUGGAGAUAAGGCAACUAUGGUAUUAAGUUGUGAAGACUGUGGAUAUUUUUUAGAUAUUAAAUGUUCUAUUUUGCCAAAAAUGGUCAAACACAAAAACGAUAAAGAUCAUUUUCUAUUUCUAUGUUACGGAGAAAAAACAAGUGAGCGGUAUUGGUGCGAGAUAUGCGAAGAAGAACUAGAUCCAGGGAAAUGGUUUUAUUUAUGUGAACAUUGUGGCCUCACUUUUCAUAUAAAAUGUACACUCGGAGAUUUCAUAUGGAUGAAACCGAAAGAUGAGGAUGAUUCAUCACGAGUUUUUGUGAUCUCUAACAAUCGUAUAACUCGACCAAUUUGUUACGUUUGUGAUUCUCGCUGUCAAUUCUCAUCCAUACUGCAUUUUUUAGGAGAAAUAUUUUGUUCUGUAAGGUGCAUUAAAAAGAAGUUUAUGGAUGAGUCUAUGAUUGAGCUUGCUAAUGAUUAAACUGAAGUGAAUUUGCAGCAAACUCAUCAUUGAUACU